AUGGCUUCUGAAACUUACCGUCGCGCCAUCCCACCCGAGCGUACUCAAGGCCCCCAGCCCACUUCCAAGGUCUCCGAACGCACCAUCUUCAACAACUGCUGGAUCUCGUACGGGCUGCCUUUCCACGAGGCUGUGGCGAAGCAUGUUGCGAACACCUUCGGUGCUUCGCGUGCCUACAUCCUAUCUUCGCGUACUCUAGCCAACACCACGAGUGCCCUGCGUGACCUCGAAGCGGCUCUCGAAGGUCGCGUCGCUGGCGUGAAGAUGGGACUGAAGGCGCACACGUCCUGGGAUGAUAUUCUUUCGAUGAAACGCGAGUGCGAGAAGGCGAAGGUCGACGUCAUCAUCACUCUGGGCGGUGGAUCACUUACAGACGCCGCGAAGAUGUUGAGUCUGGUACUGGCGAACGACGUCAACGAGCCCGCAGACUUUCUUGCGAAACUCGACGUCGCAAAGCCCGAUGCGCUAAGCAAGUCCGACGGCUUCGUCUUCACGGCAAAGCCGCCUCAAGUCCCGGUGAUAUGCGUACCCACGACUCUCUCGGCCGGAGAAUACACCUUCGCAGCCGGAGCGACAGAAGACGCUACGAACAAGAAGUACCAGUUCCUCACUGGCGAGGCAAUCAAGCUCUUGGUCCUCGACGCCGCGCUUGCUGCGCGUACCACGCCGUCGAACCUCUGGAUCAUGUCUGGCUUUCGAGCUAUCGAUCACGCUACCGAAGGCUACGUCUCGACGCUCGCAAAUGCGGCUACCGAGGACCACGCCAUAGCAGCGCUAAAGAUGCUUAUACCGAGUCUCCUGCGAGCCCACGCAGACGAGCGUGGCGAGGAUAUCGAGGCGCGUCACCUCGGUCAAAUGGGCGCCAUCGAGGCCAUCGCGUCCGUCUUUCGCAUCUACACGCCCUGCGGCGCUUCGCAUGCAAUCGGGCAUAUGCUGGGCCCCUUCAACGUAGGCCACGGAGAGACUAGCGCCAUUCUUUUACCGGCAGUAUGCACUUACAACGCGGCGCGUGGUGCGAAUACCGAGAGGCAGCGCGCGCUUGUGGACGUCUUGUGGGACGUGGAGGAGGUUCGCGCUCUUAUGUCGAAGGCUGGUCUUGACAAGGAUAUAGGACUUGGCGCAUUGCUACGAGCGCUCACACGCGAGUUGGGUUUACCGACAUCUCUCAAGGAGGUGGGCGUUGUCGGCGAGAGGGUCGACCAGCUCGCGGAGUUCAGUCUGAUAGACCCGUGGAUCGUGACCAACCCUGUACCUCUACGCGAGAAGAAGCAGGUGCUUGAGCUUCUGCAGCCUGCGAUCGGGUAG